UCAAUCAACGUAGCCAUCGAUCCGUGCGUUUCGGCCGUUUUAAGUGUCCCGUGCAAAGAUGGCAAGCAUUGCGGCGGCAUUUUCCAGUGUAUUUUCCAAACCACGGGCACUUGCCCUGCUGCAGUACACAACGGUGCGCUACCGGCGAAAACCACGCUGGCUGGGUACGGCCAAGAGCAAGCUGUUCCGGGUUCCCGAGCGCCGACAGCAGAUCGCUGAGGAGGUGGAAGAGUUGAAGCGGCUGCACAAUAACUACCGGACCCAGAUGAAGGCGGUCCGGCACUUUCUGCGCGAUGAGGUGGAGGCCUCGAAGCUGGUCAGCCGGGCCGGUAUGGUGCUACAAACGCCCGAGCAGGAAGAAGCCGAAUGGCAAGAAGCGCUGCAGCGGAACGAGCAGUGGAACCGGCAAACGGCAGCGAUUCGAGAGGAACGACUGAAUGCCGAAAGAGCGGCCCGGAAGGAGCACAUCCUGGAGCGUCUUGUGGCCAAAGAGUACCGGGAGACAGAGAAGCGGGAUAAGAUAGAAGAGCUGGUGCGCAUCGAGAAGGAACACUCGAAGUCGUUUAUCACGCGCGACAACAUCGACCAAGCGAUCGAGUUGGCGUUGGUGCAACCGACUAGUUACAACUUUGCCCUGGACCGGGAUGGAAACAUCCGUCGGAACGAUGAAGCAUCCAGCACAGACACAAGCAAGACGCCGUAGGCGUUAGCGAGUUUAGCAUGAUCCUGUAUUUCAAGUAGAGUUCUUAAAUAAAUAUUCCCAAUCUGGGGAUGCGUUCAGCUUGGCUUUAA